CGGCAUGUCAGUGUUGUGGCUUCCUAUUUACUGAAACUUCUUGAAACAGGUUCACAAACAAGACGUCGUUUUUGUCGGCUGACAGCAAACGUUUGUGCUGGGAAGCGGGAGCUCAGUAGGAACAAGUUACAAGUCAGGAUGAAUGUAAUGCUGCGCACGAGCUGACGCCAAAUUGGUAUAUAGAAAUUAUAACUAUGAAAUUAUUGUAGCAUUGUUGUUGGUCAUUGUUUAUGUAUAGCAGCCGUGAAUUGUUUUUUAACAACUGUUUUAUUUUUUCGCCUUUUGAAUGCUUUUUUACUUUCCGCGUGAGACUCAAUUAGUUAGAUUAAAAAAACAACAACAAGAACAACAAAGAAACAAAGAUGAAGUUUAACGGUUAUCUGAAGCUCCGGAUUGGUGAGGCGGUGGACCUGAAGCCGACAACCUUCUCCCUCCGCCACACUGUCAUCUUCAAUAAAGCUGCUCCAGCCCUGGACCCUUACAUUGUGGUGAAGGUGGACGACUUCAAAAUUGGACAAACUCACACCAAACAGAAAACCAACAUGCCGACUUACAACGAGGAGUUCUGCCUCAACGUGAACGACGCGAAACAAAUCGAGCUGGCGGUUUUCCACGACACUCCAAUCGGAUAUGAUGACUUUGUGGCCAACUGCACCAUUCAGUUUGAGGACCUCAUCAAAUCCUCCAACACAGGAGAGAUUUUCGAGGGAUGGAUGGACUUGGAGCCAGAGGGCAAGGUCUACGUCCUUAUUACGCUUAAUGGAUCCUUCACUGAUGAUGAUGCCCUCGUUAAAGAGAAGAAGACCUACAAGCAGUUUACAAGGAAGCGGCAGGGGGCCGUGAGACGGAGGAUCCACCAGGUCAACGGACACAAGUUCAUGUCUACUUUUCUCCGCCAGCCCACCUUCUGUUUUCACUGCAAAGAGUUCAUCUGGGGUGUUUUUGGAAAGCAGGGUUACCAGUGCCAAGUGUGCACCUGUGUGGUUCACAAACGAUGCCACCAGCAUGUCGUCACAGUGUGUCCACGCAUGAAGAAGCCAGCAAAAGAACAGUGGUUAGAUCAGUGUGUCUCUUCUCAGCAACCCGUAAACCAAGGCUUCAGCAUCAACGUCCCUCACAAGUUCAACAUCCACAACUACAAGUCGCCCACUUUCUGUGACCACUGCGGCUCACUGCUAUGGGGAAUAGUCAGGCAGGGGCUGCACUGUAAAAUCUGUAAAAUGAAUGUUCACAUCCGCUGCAAAGGCAACGUUGCGCCAAACUGUGGGGUCAACAGUGUGGAACUGGCCAAUAGGCUUGCAGAGAUGGGUCUGCAGGCUGGAGGGCUCACUAAACGCAACUCAAUGGCCAGAAGUCCAAGUCAGGUGAGUGUGCCCCCUGAAAGGAGACGGAGUACAGACUCUCAGCAGCAGACCCCUCGGCUGGGGAUUUCAGACUUCACGUUCCUUCAAGUGCUUGGGAAGGGCAGCUUUGGCAAGGUGAUGCUGGCGAAACUUAACAACAAAGAGCGGGUGUUUGCCGUCAAGGUCUUGAAAAAGGACAUAAUUUUGCAGGACGACGAUGUGGAGUGUACCAUGACCGAGAAGAGGGUGCUGUCACUGGCUCGCUGUCACCCCUACCUCACACAGUUGUACUGCUGCUUCCAGACUCUGGACCGUCUGUUCUUUGUGAUGGAAUUUGUGAAUGGGGGCGAUCUUAUGUUUCACAUCCAGAAGUCCAGGAAGUUUGAAGAGCCGAGAGCACGUUUCUACACGGCAGAGAUCACCUCCGCUCUCAUGUUCCUGCACAGCAAAGGCAUCAUCUACAGGGAUCUAAAAUUGGACAAUGUUCUUCUUGACAAAGACGGACACUGUAAACUGGCAGAUUUUGGCAUGUGCAAAGAAGGCAUAUUUGAAGGUGCGGCCACAGGAACUUUCUGUGGGACCCCGGAUUACAUUGCCCCCGAGAUCCUCCAGGAGAUGCUCUAUGGCCCCUCUGUGGAUUGGUGGGCUCUUGGGGUGCUACUGUAUGAGAUGCUGUCAGGACACGCCCCUUUUGAAGCCGAAAAUGAAGAUGACCUCUUUGAAUCCAUCCUCAAUGAAGAGAUUGUUUAUGCAUCUUGGCUCAGCACAGAAGCAGUGAAUAUACUCAAGGCUUUCUUGACCAAAAACCCGACCCGGCGUCUGGGCUGUGUGGCCUCAGAUGGCGGAGAGAACGCCGUGACCAGCCACGCGUUCUUCACAGACAUCGACUGGGAGAAACUGAAUCGUAGAGCAAUAGAGCCACCUUUCAAGCCCAGGAUCAAAUCACCAGAGGACGUCAACAACUUUGACCCAGAUUUUACUCAGGAAGAACCCACCCUCACACCCAUUGAUGACCCUAUGAUCCCGUCGAUCAACCAGGAGGAGUUUCGUAACUUCUCCUUCACUUCACCUGAACUGCUGGAGAGCUAAGAGUCUCCACACUGAUCACCAGUCAUCCUGCACUUGUCUCACCCUUAUCAGUGUCAAUAGCUUCGUCUAAGACGGUUCAGAGUGACAUGUACAGUAUGACGCUGACACAUUCCCCACAGACAGGAGGGUGUAAAGCGCAGUGGGGUCAGCCAAGAACAUACUCAACAAGAACUGGGCCUGCACCUGAUGAACUCUUAACCACUCCUGUAAUUCCUGAGCAAGCACCGAGUCAUCAGCUUUUGAAAUGACAUGUAGUUUUAUUGCUUGAUUGGGACACAUUCGUGCAAGUGUCUGUGUAGAGUAUUUGACAUGUUCAUGUGUUUUAAACUUGUUUGACAAAGGUG